AUCAAAUCUAUAGCAACAAAAGAAGUAUAAACCCUAAAUCUCUAUCUCCGUCUGCUUCAAAUAGGACCAAUUCGGGUGUUUUGAGUUUGAAUAAGCGCCAAUUCACAUUUCCAAGUGGAAAAAAGGGUGCCGAUUUUCAGAAACUCUUUCUUUGUUGAAGAAAUUUCAUUCUACCAAUUGGAAAAAGUGGAGCCAGGAAAUUGGUUCUUGGGGAACCUAAUAUGAUGCUUGGAGUGGUAAAAAUUAAUUAGGACAACAUAUACUUCGGCUGGGACGGGCCUUAGCUUGCAGAAAUUUCAUUCAAACUUCAUUUUGUUUAGUAAAGGCUUUGAAGUUGUACUGCAGUAAUUCACUCUAAAAAAAGAUUGUAGGAUCUGGGACAGGAGGAGAGGGGGUGGAAGGAAAGAGAAGAAGCAAACCACUGUCAAGUUACCAUCAAACAGCUUCAAUGUGGCUUGAUUUUGGAGUAUUUUGCUUCAGGGAUGAUUUUUGGAUAAGUAGCUUUGGUUGAAGAUGCUGUUAAAGUUGAAAAGAGAAUGUAAAAAGUUGAGUGUAGAAGAAAGGAUUUUUCUUAAAAGCAUUAUUGGCUGUGGCACUUAGUGUGAGUGUGGAUGGUUGUGUAUAGUGUAUGCAAUCUUUCUUUGGGGGAUUACAUAUUACACCAUGAAGAGGGCAUUUCCAUGGAAUGAACAGGUGGAUGUUAUAUCAUCAGAUGAAUCUUCUUCCUCCAAUCCAGGUGUAGAAGUUGAUAAUGGGUCUGUUGACAAGAAGUCAAUGGAUAUAACUAUUGAUCAACCUGCCCGACAAGAGCCAUUUGAAGAUGUAGUGAUCAGAAGGGCAGAAAUGUAUCAGGAAUACAUGAAGCAGAUUCCAAUCCCAGCCCGUCGAGGCUCUCUUAUUCCAUUUGACACAUGGAUGGGAUUAGCCAAAUCCAUAAAGCAAUUGUAUGGGCAACCUCUGCAUUACCUCACCAAUAUUCUUGUAAAACAGUGGGAUCAGUUAAGGAUUGGAAGCAAGGAUGAAAAUAGGUCACUGGAUUCCAUUAUUCACCCAAGUAAAGCUGAAGCUAGCAUCUGGCUCAUUGAAGAGGUCCACCGACAAACCACGUCUCCCCAUCAUAUGGCAAAACUCUGGCUGUCAGACCCAAUGCACUAUGCUUUUGUUGAUUCCAUCUUCCCACAAAUAUGAAAGUUGCUCCGCAAGGCCUGUAAGUUUCUGCCUUAGGGCUACUCUUACUGGGUGUUUCCUAAAUUCCUAGAAAUGGUUUAGAACCAUAUAAUGCAAAUUUGGGGAAGAUGCAAACACCUUUCUUGUUCAUAUAUUUCGCCUUCUAUUCCCAUAAUUUUUCAACUCUUCAUAAAUUUUGUGGCAAAGUAGCAUCUUCUCUGGCA